GAAACAUUUGCUGCAUCCAGUAAACACACAUGAUCGGAUAAGACAAGCUGCAACAGCAAAUGGAAGCUAAUCCUAUCAAUUCCCACCGCCUUCUGGUGCGCCUUCUCUUUGCCAUGGCUUUGCUGCUGCCGGUGGUGUGCCUCUCCGCAGGAGGCAGCACCACCGAGCUCCACCCCGUCGUCGUCAUCCCCGGCAGCGGAGGCAACCAGCUCGAGGCCCGUCUCACGGUGGACUACAAGCCAUCCAGUCUCCUCUGCGCCCUCGCCGGGCCGAGGCAGGGAGCCCGCAGGGGCGGCUGGUUCAGGCUGUGGUUCAACCCGUCGGUGCUGGUGCCGCCCUUCACCCGCUGCUUCGCCGAGCGGAUGACGCUCUACUACCACGCCGACCUCGACGACUACCGCAACGCCGCCGGCGUGGAGACACGCGUCCCUCACUUCGGCUCCACCAGGAGCCUCCUCUACCUCGAUCCUCACCUCAAGCAUAUCACCGAAUACAUGGCGCCCCUGGUGGACUCCUUGGAGCGCCUCGGCUACGUUGACGGCCAAAACCUCUUCGGCGCGCCCUACGACUUCCGCUACGGUCUCGCUGCCGACGGCCGCCCUUGCAAAAUAGGCACGCAAUACUUGCGAAACCUCAAGGAGCUAAUCGAGGCCGCGAGCGCCGGCAACGGCGGCAAGCCCGUGAUCCUCCUCUCCCACAGCCUCGGCGGCCUUUUCGCGCUGCAACUCCUCGGCCGCAGCUCCAUCUCUUGGCGGCGGACCUACGUGAAGCACCUGGUGGCGCUGUCGGCGCCGUGGGCCGGCACGGUGCAAGAGAUGCUCACCUUCGCGUCCGGGUACACGCUCGGCAUCCCGGUGGUGGACCCCCUGCUGGUGCGGGGCGAGCAGAGGAGCUCGGAGAGCAAUCUCUGGCUCCUUCCCUCACCAAAGGUGUUCGGCGACAGGCCCCUGGUGGUGACCGCGAACAGGAGCUACUCGGCGCAAGACAUGGCAGAGUUCUUGGAGGACAUCGGCUUCGAGGAAGGUGUGCGGCCGUACAGGACGCGGAUCCUUCCGAUGGUGGCGGAGGGACUGCCAGAGGCGGGCGUGCCGGUGACGUGCGUGGUGGGCGGCGGUGUGGAGACGCCGGAGAGGCUGGUGUACGGGGCGGGCGGAUUCGACGUGCAGCCGGAGGUGGAGUACGGCGACGGCGAUGGGACGGUGAACAGGGUGAGCUUGUUGGCGCUGGAGAAGGCGCAGGAGGAGGUGAAGGUGAUCAGAUUGGAGGGGAUCUCUCACACAGCGAUUCUGAAAGAUAAGAUGGCUUUGAAGGAAAUUGUUGCAGAAAUUUCCAACAUAAAUUCCAUUUUCACCAAAUCUCUAGCUUUCUAAA